AUGCCAAAAGCUGAUAAAAUUGCGAAUAUUGAACUCAAGACUCAAAAUGUAAUGGUUCAUUUUGGACGUUGCAGAAGGGAAAAAAUCUUGAGAGGAUACUGUCGAAAACUUCAGGAUUGCAAGACACUGACGGCAGAACAGAAAAAUAAUAAAGAUUUAUUGAAAAGUUUAGAAUGUUCGAAUGAAGAUUAUUUACAAACUUACUGCUGUCCAUUAGAAAUUACUGACACUGGCAGCAAGCCUACUGGAAUCAGUCAAGGUAGCUGGAUGCACUCACAUACAACUUGUGGUCAAUUUAAAAAUUUCUGCAGCACAGAUAGUGACAAAAUAAAGCACAAAUUAACUUGCAACAAUUUUUUAAGUGCCCGCACUGAUAAAUUUCCUUGGUUGGUGGACUUGGUUUAUGGAAACCAAUACUUUGCACAAAUAACGCCAUUCUGUAGAGGAACCCUAAUUAGCGAUCGUUGGAUUUUGACAGCAUCGUUCUGUGUAGCUGGAAGGGAGUUUCAUAAUGGUUCGAAACUAGUUGGUGUACGAUUGAAGGCAAAUAGCUUGACUAGCUAUGUAGAUAUAAAAUGUGAUAAAAUAGUGCUGCAUCCGAAAUUUAAAAGUAAAUCGGUGGAAUCUGGUAGAGAUGUAGCACUAAUUCGUCUACAAAAUGCAAUAAAAUUUUCAACAAAUUUAUUACCAAUUUGCUUACCACAAAAAAUACCAGAUUUCCAGAGCAAACAUAAAGCAACAAAUAUUUUGGGAGAAAAGGUAUUAAAAUAUAUAUUUCCAUUAUGUGAACAAUCAAAUGAAAAUUCAAAUACAACUGAAACUUGUCAAAGUAGCUAUGGUGCACCACUAAUGGUACAAAUAUUUAAUAGUGAGAAAAAAUUAGUUUUCUACUUAUUAGGUAUUGUAUCGAGUGAUGAAAAUAACUACUUUCUUGAAAAGGUGCCGAAAAAAUUCACUGCCAUUAAACCACACAUGGAUUGGAUCACUGAAGUUAUUAAAACAGGAACGUAA